GCUGCUCACUCCAACGCCUCCACUCAGUGCUCCAUCAGUGACGUGGAUUUUCACUCAGCCGUCAGAGUUGCACCAAGAUAAUCAACUAGCAGCCUUUAACUGCCGUUUUUUUUAAAAUAAAAUACAAUUUACAUACAUUAACACGCAGGGUUUCUUUUCCUCUCCUCCACGACACGAAAAAACAGAGGACACAGGAUGAGUAAAAGCAGCAAAGGACAAUUAAAAGAUAAACUUACCGACAAUGAAAUGGACCUCAGCCUGUGCAACCUCAGCGAGGUGCCCGUAAAGGAGCUGGCUGCUUUCCCCAAAGCUACUUUUCUGGACUUGUCCUGCAACAAUCUGACAUCGCUGCCUUCAGAGUUCUGCAACCUGACCCACUUGAUGAAACUGGACCUGAGUAAAAACCAGCUGACCUGUUUACCGGAUGACCUGGGCAGCCUGGUCAACCUUCAGCACCUGGACUUGUACAACAACAAGCUGAGCAUCCUGCCUGUUAGCUUCUGUCAGCUGCGGAGUCUGAAGUGGUUGGACCUGAAGGACAACCCUCUGGAGGUCAGCCUGGCUAAAGCGGCGGGGGAUUGUCUGGAUGAGAAGCAGUGCAAACAGUGUGCCGGCAGGGUUCUGAAACACAUGCAGAUGCUUCAGGAGGAGGCCGAGCGUGCACGGGAAAAGCGCCUUUUGAGGGAAAAAGAGCUGGAGAAGAAGAAGGAGGCUAAGCAAAGGGAGAGGGAGGCUAGGGAGAAGGAAGCUCGCAAGCGGCAGAAGGCCGAGGAGAAGGAGAAGAGGAGGAAGGAGUAUAAAGCUCAGAUGUCCGCCAAUGCCGCCGCCACCGCCACCGCCGCCGCCGUCCAGGAGCAACAAAAGAGGAGUGAAGAGAAGAAGAGCAAGAAGAAGAACGGACAGGCUGUAGACAAAAAGAUGAUGGCAGAAGCGGCCGCCAAACCUCGGUGGUCUGUCCUCAAGCUCCUCUUCCUACUGCUGCUGAUCGGACUGGCCAGUGCCACCGCCAUCUGCCGCCUGCUGGACCUGCGUCAGGAGGAGGUGUGUGUGGCCUUCAACCUCGCAGUGGACCAUGGCCUGUCCUGGGCCCAGGAGAAGGAGGGCAUGGUCACACAGCUGCUCUACAACCUGUCCGCUGCGGCCAAGGACCUCCUGGAAUCCACGCAAGCAUCCAAAAGCUAAACGUGCGCUCCGUAUGUUUUUUCAAAGAAAUUUUCUGGUCAUCCAGGAUGGGGGGAGGCAUCUUCACUUCCUAUGGAAUUGUUGCUCUUUGUACAACCGCUUGAUUUUAAACGCCUCUUUGUCUUCUUCAACGCUGAGGGUUGAGAUGAUCUCCUCUGGGUGACAUUCAUGUCCUUCUGGUGGAGAGGAAAACAUUGUAAUCGGAUGGUCUGGAUGGAACAAUAAAAGCUGAUGAUUGA